AUGUGGGAUGUGAAGCAUGUAGACAACCCCCUUUCGUGGAGGGGCCAACGAUGUACACACUUCAUCCGAGCCAGGUUGGACCGUGUAUUAGCAAACUGUGCUUGGUUUGAUACGUUCCCUGCUGGCCGCUGUGAUUACCUCCGUUUUGAGGGCUCUGACCAUAGACCUCUGGUAACCUACUUGGAUACAUCCAAGCCUAAGAGGAGGCGCUUGUUCAGGUACAACCGAAGCAUCAAGGAUAUGCCAGAGGCACGCAAAGUGAUGAAGAUGCCUGGCAGAAAUGUACCUGAACAGGUGGAAUCUAAGAUCAAGCGUUGCCGUGAGGAACUAAUCAAAUGGUUUAAAACCAAGAAGGAGAAUAGUGCAAAAGCUAUUAUUGAUCUCCAGGCUAGAUUGGAGGAGCAUCUUUCCUGUGGAGAUCCAUCUCCGGAGAUCAUUAGGGAGCUCUCCCUAGCCCUCAGCAAAGCAUACAAAGAGGAGGAAUUGUAUUGGCGUCAAAGAAGUAGGGUGCAGUGGCUACAAGGAGGAGGCAGGAACAGCGCCUACUUCCAUACUGUAACGAAAGGAAGGAGAUCCUAUAAUCGCCUAACCACUAUUGAAGAUGAAGCUGGCAUACCUUUUCAUGAGGAGGCAGAGAUUGGUAAAGUCUCUGCAGACUACUAUACCAAACUCUUUACAUCUAAUGGCGCUGGUGGAAUGGAGGCUGUUGAAGAAGCCAUCUCAAGGCGUAUUUCCCCGGAGACCAAUCAAACACUCACUGCGAUCCCAACAGAUACGGAGAUUCUCUGUGCAGUGAAGCACAUCAACACUGAUAAGGCGCCAGGGCCAGACGGUUUCUCGGCGGGGUUCUAUCACUCUUUUUGGGAAGUGAUAGGGGAGGACAUCUGUAGGGAGCAGCAAUCAGCAUUUGUCCCGGGGCGUGCUAUUACGGACAACAUCCUUAUCACUCACGAGAACCUUCACUAUCUAAUGGUUUCCGAAGCCACUAAGAGAUGCUCCAUGGUGAUCAAAACCGACAUGAGCAAAGCGUACGACAUAAUUGAAUGGGCUUUCCUAGCCAAAAUUCUCAACCAGCUAGGCUUUGACUCGGUGUGGGUGAAUUGGGUGAUGGAUGUGUCUCCACCGUCUCGUAUGCAUACCUCAUCAAUGGUGCGCCAUUUGGAACAACAAAAUGGGAGACUUAAGGGACUACAAGUGGCUCGAAGAAGCCCAUUCAUCAACUAUUUAUUGUUUGCUGAUGACACAGUCUUCUUCAGUGGUAUCAAUAUGAAGAGUUGUACCUCUCUAAUGAGGAUUCUAAAGAGAUAUGAGAACUGCUCAGGGCAGUGUAUAAACCUGAACAAGUCAACAAUAUCCUUCUCCUCGAAAACGCCGGAGUCGAUCAUGAGUAGAGUUAAAACCUCUAUUGGUAUAGAUAAGGAAGGUGGCAUGGGCAAAUACCUAGGGUUACCUGAGAAUUUUGGACGCAAGAAGGGAGAUGUUUUUACAGGACUAGUGGACAAGAUACGCCACGCUCCGAAGCAUGGCCGACGAACUAAAUUGGGAUGGCGCAUCAUGAACAAUCCCGAGGCUUUGCUGUCCCAAGUGCUGAAAGGAAAGUAUUUCUCCGAAUGCUCCUUUAUGGAGAGCACCCCUAAACAGGCUGCGUCACAUGGUUGGACGGGGAUAAUGGCAGGGAAAGAAGUUCUUGAGAAGGGUUUGGGAUACUUGGUGGGAGAUGGAGCUAGUAUCAACUAUGAGGAAGUUAUCAGACAGCUAAUCCCCAGUUCCCAAAAACCACCUGAUAAAUUGGUGUGGUUAGGAGAGAGCAAAGGUAACUAUACCACCAAGUCUGGUUAUAUGAUGUCCAAUCUAAUAGAACAUCGACAGAACCUGCUUAGUUUUGAUUGGAUCAAACAUGUCUGGAAACUAGACGCCCCAGGAAAGAUCCAACAUUUCAUUUGGAGAGCUCUGAACAGCGCCCUACCUGUCGCGGAGCUUCUGAUCAGACGUGGAAUGGAAGUUGCUCCUGCGUGUAAGGUUUGUGGGGUGCUGGAAACUGUCGAACAUGUUCUCAUGCACUGUCCCUUUGCUCAAAGAACAUGGGAGCUAGCUCCUAUCUUCCUCCCUGGCUCCCCAAGCUCAGGCUUUCCCUUUGGGCUCACUACAACAAAUGUUGACUCUUAUCCCCAAGGUCCUAAAUCUCCCACCGUCAGGUCUGUGUUGUUCUCCCUGUCCCCUUGGAUCAUUUGGAACCUUUGGACAGCAAGGAACAAGAGACUGUUUGAGGAUAAGCUGUACACAGCGGAGGAGACACUUUCAAAAGCAGUUCAAGAUGCUAAAGAAUGGGAAUCUGCUAAGACAAAACCAGAAACAUAUGAGCUCCCUUCGCGGAGCAAUGUAGAAAAGAUUGUGACUGAUGUUCCGACAUGUUCGGUGGAUGGGGCUUGGAAUGCUGAGUCUAAAUGUGCUGGUUUUGGUUGGUUUAUACAGGAUAAGAAGACCCAUUUGGAGAUCCAAGGCGCUGAUUCGCGCAGCCUCGUCGGAUCAGCACUAACAGCGGAGGCUCUAGCCAUCCGGAAGGCGAUGCAGGAAGCAUCAAAAGAGGGGAUUUCAUGUCUCCAGAUUCUAUUGGACUCAAGCAUCCUCAUCUCCGCCCUGCGAUCAGGGUUGGUGUUGAACGAGAUAGCGGGACUUCUAUGCGAUAUUGGUCACCUCAUUCCUCUCUUCACAUCUCUAUCUUUUGUUUUAAUUCCGCGCACAACAUACUUUGUAGCUGAUAACUUUGCAAAGACUGCUCUUGCUUCCCUUAUGUUGCAAAACAAUGUGUAA